AGGAAAGGUGCUGAUGGUAUUAUUUUCACUACAAGGGAACCUCGUAGAGAUUACUUGAAAAUAACGCCAUUUCUCCAAUAUUGGGAGUGUACAUAGGAUAGUCUGGCUGUGGUCUAGAUUUAGCAGUAUUCUCCAAAACGGCAGUGAACUCCUCCUGCGUGAUAUUUUCAUUACCCUGCUUGUGGCUUUCAGUCAUUAACCCAUCAAUAUCGUUCAGAUAAGAAAAUAUGGGUGGCAAAAUUCUCGUCGCAAAGCUGCGGGGUGUGAAGACGCGUGCGCGAGGAAGGCAAAUUGUGAAGAAGCUUGGGCGCAGGGAAGUGACAUCAAUCAACGUCUGCACUGAUUUGGGGCGGCCAAUCAACUAUGACGCGGUCGCGUGCGUACUACAGGAUGAGCGCUUCGUCGUGAAAGUCAAAGACCCUAACGCCGAAAAUCGAUGGGGAAUCUUGCACCACGCUGCCCGUGAUGGCAACAAAGAAAUUUGUGAUUUGGCUUUGCAGCGUGGGGACUUCAAGUGCGGAACAGCGGUAACGGAUGCGGCAAAAAUUGCAGAGGAAGCGGGACACGCAGAACUGGCUGACUUUCUGCGGGGAUCCGCCAAGCGCGAAAGACUCGCAAAAUUUUUUGCGACAAAAAGCGCAGUACCGGCUCGCACCGCACUCAAAGCCUUGAAGGACCGUAACGAGCUGAAGCCAGAUAUACUCUGCAACUUCGGCCUGGCAGAGAAGCUUAAGUCCGUAACAGCGAAUGCCCUCCUCGACAGUGCGUCCGCAAAGGAAUUUGUUUUGGCCAAGGACGAAGAUAACUGGACAAUGCUACACUGGGCGGUAUUCAAGAAUGAUGAAGCGUUGGUGGAGAGAAUUGUGGAGCAUGACCUUGAGAGAUCGUGCUCGAACAUCAACAAAAAAAAUCACAGCGGUCAUUCCCCGCUAUCGUUGGCAGUGUCUUCCGGCCAGUAUCGCGUCGCGAAUUUGAUUCAGCGGUCGCGCCAGUUCGUUUUUCCUGAAAAUCCCGACUCGGAGCUCGUUCCGGACAAAGCGUCGGCGCAGGUGUUUGUGAGUCACUGGCUGCCGCGUUGGAAGCUGAAGGCUUGCAGUAACAAAAAGGAGUGCGCUAAGCUCGUGAAACAGCUCACAUCAGUCUCUUCCAUCGCGGUGGCGCAAGACUUUGGGUUUCAUGAGGUCAACUACACUGCUAUCCGGGCACUCUUGAAAUUUGCAGGAGGGAACAACGAUCUCGACAUAAAUGCAUUUUCGUGCGGGUACGAUCUUUUGCGCCAUGCUGUUAUAGAUGGAGAGCCUGAUGUCGUAGGGAUGCUUGUUGCGACGAAGCGGCUGGACGAUUUCAAGCAGAUAUAUUCGUGCAAAUGCGAAAGAAGGAACAUACUCCAUAUCUGUGCCGCUAGAAAGUCGACGCCAGACAUCACUCUUCGACUGCUAGAAGCGCUGUUUGUGCAUCCGAGUGCCAUGACUGCUUUGUGUGCAACGGAUGACUCGGACAAAACGCCAAAAGAAGUCGCUCGAGCUGUUCGUGGGGAGGAGUCGCCAGUUUACAAGUUUCUGCACGAGAAAGAUACAAUUCACAAGCUUGCGCAAACGUCAGAUGUGGGCGAGUGCCGACGCAUUGUGAAGUCUCUGACGGAGUCCCUUACGGAGCCGCUGCAGUGCAAAAUUUGUCUGAAGGAUAAUGUCGGUGUAGCGCUAUCGUGCGGGCACCAACUUUGUGCCACAUGUGUCGAUAAAAUCGCAGAACAACGAGGACCAGGCGGGCUCGAAAAGUGCCCAUUCUGCCGUAAAGUGGUGACUUCAAAAAUCAAUCUGUUUUUCAAUUGAAUUGCGCUUAUUCUCGGAUCCCAUUGUUGGAUCUAUGAAUGGCCACUAGAGGUAUGAAAACAAUGUUCACCAUUAUAUCUCGCAACUUAUACCAUCAGGGAAGCGUCAGGCAAGUUGCCGAAUAGAUUCGAGGCAUCGUAUUUCGCGACUUGUAUCAUCACUUUCCACCCCGUCCCUUUUCCUCAAAGUCAAGGUACCCGCUUCAAAUCAAAUGAAACCCAUUCAAAUGUUUGUCGUAGACUAGAAGCACCAAUGCUCUUUAGAUUGUCGAUUAAGUACCGUUUUUCGAGUCAGAAGCAGCUUGCGAUUCAACACGAG